AUGGCCAGAUGGCAGAUUUUGCUUUCCGAAUUUGACAUACUUUAUGUGAGCCAGAAGGUUGUAAAAGGGAGUGCAAUAGCAAAUUUUCUAGCCAGCAGAGCCUUGGAGGAUUACGAGCCUUUAAAUUUUGAUUUUUCGAAUGAGGACUUGAUGUAUGUGGCAACCACUGAAGAAAAUUCCCAAGUGGAUCGCAUUUGGAAGCUAAACUUUGACAGAGCCUCAAACGCUGUUUGCAAUAGAAUUGGGGUAGUCUUAGUAUCCCCAAGUGGAGAUCAUUAUCCUAAUUCUAGCAAAUUGGAUUUUGAUUGCACAAACAACAUGGCAGAAUAUGAAGCGUGCAUCAUUGGCAUCCGUGUAGCCAUCUAUCAGAAGCUGGUUCUUGGAUUGAUUGAUGAGUUUGACGACAUUACUUUCUACUAUCUCCCACGAAAUAAAAACCAGAUGGCUGACGUGUUGGUUACUCUAGCUUCCAUGAUCAAAGUGAACAAACUAGAGGACAUGAAGCCUAUUCAGAUGAGCAUUUAUGAAACCCCGGCUCAUUACGACAAUAUCGAGGAAGAGGAAAAGGAUGAUCAUCCUUGA